UGCUGCUGUUUGUGCGCGUGCGCGGGCGGAGCGGCACCGGAGUCGUGUUCUUUGCCGCCUCCGCCGCCGGGGCCAUCUACCCCGGAUUGAAAUCUUGCGCCUUCUUCGUUCGCUCGCUGGCGUGUUCGCGCCCCUCUCGAGACACCGGGCAGCGAGGCUGGGGAAGGGUUGGAGGGGGCUGUUGAUCGCCGCCUUUAAGUUGUGCUCGGGGCGGCCAUGUCGGCCGGCGAGGUCGAGCGCCUAGUGUCGGAGCUGAGCGGCGGGACCGGAGGGGAUGAGGAGGAAGAGUGGCUCUAUGGCGGCCCAUGGGACGUGCAUGUGCACAGUGAUUUGGCAAAGGACCUAGAUGAAAAUGAAGUUGAAAGGCCAGAAGAAGAAAAUGCCAGUGCUAAUCCUCCGUCGGGAAUUGAAGAUGAAACUCCUGAAAAUGGCGUACCUAAACCGAAAGUGACAGAGACUGAAGAUGAUAGUGAUAGCGACAGUGAUGAUGAUGAGGAUGAUGUUCAUGUCACUAUAGGAGACAUUAAAACGGGAGCACCACAGUAUGGGAGUUAUGGUACAGCACCUGUAAAUCUUAACAUCAAGACAGGAGGAAGAGUUUAUGGAACUACAGUAGGAACGAAAGUCAAAGGAGUAGAUCUUGAUGCACCUGGAAGCAUUAAUGGAGUGCCACUUUUGGAGGUAGAUUUGGAUUCUUUUGAAGAUAAACCAUGGCGUAAACCUGGUGCUGAUCUUUCUGAUUAUUUUAAUUAUGGGUUUAAUGAAGAUACCUGGAAAGCUUACUGUGAAAAACAAAAGAGGAUACGAAUGGGACUGGAAGUUAUACCAGUUACCUCUACUACAAAUAAAAUUACGGCCGAAGACUGUACUAUGGAAGUUACACCAGGUGCAGAGAUCCAAGAUGGCAGAUUCAAUCUUUUUAAGGUACAGCAGGGAAGAACUGGAAAUUCAGAGAAGGAAACAGUGCUUCCAUCUACAAAAGCUGAGUUUACUUCUCCUCCUUCUUUGUUCAAGACUGGACUCCCACCAAGCAGAAACAGCACCUCUUCUCAGUCUCAGACAAGUACUGCCUCCAAAAAAGCCAAUUCAAGCGUUGGGAAGUGGCAGGAUCAAUAUGGGAGGGCCGAAUCACCUGAUCUAAGGAGAUUACCUGGGGCAAUUGAUGUUAUUGGUCAGACUAUUACUAUCAGCCGAGUAGAAGGAAGGCGACGGGCAAAUGAAAACAGCAACAUACAGGUCCUUUCUGAAAGAUCUGCUACUGAAGUAGACAACAAUUUUAGCAAACCACCGCCAUUUUUCCCUCCAGGAGCUCCUCCCACUCACCUUCCACCUCCUCCAUUUCUUCCACCUCCUCCAACUGUCAGCACUGCUCCACCUCUGAUUCCACCACCAGGUAUUCCAAUAACUGUACCACCUCCAGGUUUUCCUCCUCCACCAGGCGCUCCACCUCCAUCUCUUAUACCAACAAUAGAAAGUGGACAUUCCUCUGGUUAUGAUAGUCGUUCUGCACGUGCUUUUCCAUAUGGCAAUGUUGCCUUUCCCCACCUUCCUGGUUCUGCUCCUUCAUGGCCUAGUCUUGUGGACACCAGCAAACAAUGGGACUAUUACUCAAGAAGAGAGAAAGACCGAGAUAGAGAUAGAGACAGAGACCGAGAACGAGAUCGUGAUCGAGACAGAGAAAGAGAACGCACCAGAGAGAGAGAGAGGGAGCGUGAUCAUAGUCCCACACCGAGUGUUUUCAACAGUGAUGAAGAACGAUACAGAUACAGGGAAUAUGCAGAAAGAGGCUAUGAGCGCCACAGAGCAAGUCGGGAGAAAGAAGAACGACACAGAGAAAGACGACACAGAGAGAAAGAGGAAACCAGACACAAGUCCUCUCGAAGUAAUAGUAGACGUCGCCAUGAAAGUGAAGAAGGAGACAGUCAUAGGAGACACAAGCACAAAAAAUCUAAAAGAAGCAAAGAAGGAAAAGAAGCUGGCAGUGAGCCUGCCCCUGAACAGGAGAGCACCGAAGCUACACCUGCAGAAUAGGCAUGGUUAUGGCCUUUUGUGUACAGUAGUGCCAGAAGUAGAUACUAUAAAUCUUAUUUUUCUGGAUAAUGUUUAAGAAAUUUGCCUUUAAUCUUGUUCUGUUAGUAUGAAAAGUUAACUUUUUUCUUCUAAAAUAAAAGAGUGAAUUUUUCAUGUUAAGUUAAAAA